AUGCGCAGUAUCUCCCCAUACCAGGGCACUAACGCCGUCAUUGUCGAGCUCUAUUGCCCAACCAAGGACCUUACAAUCACUGACUUUCUCAUCACUCCCUCAGCCGCACACAAGGACAUUAUUGAGGCCAUCAAAGCCCGUUUCAGAUUCAAGUAUAAGAUCGAACUGCAAGAGGUCUGGCCCUGCGAUAUCAAUGGCGAGCCAAUUCGUACAAGCGAACCUGGCGAGCUGAUUGACGGUAUCGCGAUCGAAGGCGACCCAGUUUGCAACUUCAGUAACAUCCAUAAUGGUGAGGUUAUCAUGAUACGCCUCGGUAGGGAUGAGCUCCUUGCUACCGAUACCAAUCACGAGACAGUACUCUAUCUAGGAGGCAGCAUGGGUCAAGAAGCCUUCAAGAUGAUGGGCCGAGAAGACCGUCGCGACCUCAUUCGAAAGUUCCGCCGUGAAGAAGCUGUCGAGCGCAGGAACGUCAUCCGUCUUACUUUGCCUUACGCGGACGUCGUUUCGGGCCUGGCCGAAGCUCGCUACUCCGCCUCGCUAUCGUCUCGGAUCAUCGAUGAGAAUUGGAAGAUUGCGCAGGUGAGUGCUCUGGAUCGAGACUGCCUGGGUGCAUUGGCGAUCCUUAGUCAGGCGACUUGUGGUCAAGGGUGGGUAAUUGAACAGCUUCUGAUGAAGACGAUCAUGGAGAGACCGGUGGGUGAGAGGACCCUGCUAGAGAUCGACAUCUUCGGGGUCAUCGAAAGGCUGUACAUAGAAGCGGAUGCGGUUGGAUCGACAUGGGAGAAAGUCGGCAUGUCUUCUGCUCACGACGCCAUCAUAAGCUACGUCACUGGCCCCAGUCAUAGCUUCAUGUAA